AUGUCUGAAGACGGACUGGUAAGCAGCGAAAUCAAAUGUGAAGUCGAAAAACCCCCGGCUUCAUUCAAAUCUUCUGUUUGGCAAGCAUUUGGUUUUCCAAUUGAAUACAUUAACGGUAAGAAACUUGUUAAAAAAGAUGAGACCGUCUGUCGUCUGUGUUACCUGCGAAUCAGGUACACGGGGAGCACAACUAACAUGUCCACACAUCUUCGGCGACAUCACCCCGAUAUUGAUUGCAAUGAUUAUGGACAAUCAAAAUGUUCAAAACCUUUCAACAUUUCUGACGAUAAGAAACGCACAUCGUUAGCAGGUCAACUUAGACUUAGUGAGGCUUUCAAGACCAAACUGUCGUCUCGUUCGACACGGGCGCAAGCAAUAACAAAUGGAAUUGGUACAUUCAUUGCGAUGGACAUGCGACCUUAUUCAGUUGUAGAGAACAUCGGUUUCAAGUACCUCAUCCACACACUUGAACCGAGAUAUGAAAUCCCAUCGAGAACCCACUUCACGAAUUAUGUGAUACCUGAAAUGUACAAGAAAGUAAAAUCAAGUGUGAUGGAAAGUAUUGCUCGUGCGUCAUCAAUGGCUGUCACUACUGAUGGUUGGACCUCACGUUCCACCGAGAGCUAUAUUACCAUCACGGCUCACUAUGUUAACGAAGACUGGCAACUUGAAAAUCCGGUACUUCAAACACGAACAUUACAUGAGAGCCACACUGGGGCAAACCUGGCUAAUGUCCUGGAAUCAGCUGUUGACGAAUGGAACUUAGGCAAAUUUUCUCAGAUUGCCAUAAGCACAGAUAAUGCUAGCAAUAUUGUUAGUGCUGUAAAGCAGUCGAGAUUUGCACCUCAUAUAAGGUGCUUUGCGCACACAAUUAACAUAGCAAGCCAAAAAACUCACAUGCUGCAUCUGUUCUCAGGUCAAAACAGUUACUUCUUGAAUUGCCCGAUCACAAACUGAUCCAAGAUGUUCCUACGAGAUGGAAUUCUAGCUACGACAUGCUUCA